CCUCGAGAAAAUAAUAAAAAGAAGAAGUCGAAAACGAAACCUGAGACCAAAUCCAAAUUCUCUCGAUCGAUUAACAAAAAUUCCUUUGGAUCUAUCAUCAAUGGACCUCCUACCUCAGCAGCUCAAAGCCGUAACUCUCACACACGUCCGGUACCGUCCCGGAGAUCAGUUCGGACAUUUCCUCGCCUGGAUCUCUCUCGUCCCUGUCUUCAUCAGCCUCGGUGGAUUCGUAUCUCAUUUCCUUUUCCGGCGUGAGCUUCAAGGGAUCUUCUUUGGUAUAGGUCUCGUGAUCUCACAAUUCAUCAACGAGUUUAUCAAAACAUCUGUAGAACAAGCUCGUCCGGAGACUUGUACGUUGCUCGAAGCUUGCGAUUCACAUGGAUGGCCAUCAAGCCACUCGCAAUUCAUGUUCUUCUUCGCUACUUAUUUCAGUUUGAUGGGAUGCAAAGGAAUUGGGUUCUGGUUUGGAUUAAGAAGUAGAUGGAUUAUGAAUCUUCUUCAUUGGUCUUUAGCUGUUGUUACCAUGUAUUCUAGGGUUUAUUUAGGUUACCACACGGUGGCGCAAGUAUUCGCCGGCGCGACGCUUGGGGCUGUUGUUGGUGGGAGUUGGUUCUGGGUGGUGAAUUCUGUGUUGUAUCCAUAUUUUCCGAUGAUUGAGGAGAGUGUAUUGGGGAGAUGGUUAUAUGUGAAGGAUACUUCGCAUAUUCCUGAUGUGUUGAAGUUUGAAUAUGACAAUGCAAGAGCUGCUAGGAAGGAUAUGGACUCUGCUAAAUCUGAUUAAUUUGGCUAAUUUGAUUUUGGUUGCGAACUCGGGGAAACUUUGUUUAGCGGUCUUGUUAUCCUUUUCUUUAUUACAACAUUAUAUCAGGAAUGGCAAGGAGAUGGGAGAAUCACUUUUAUGACAUUGGUGAGAUUAGCUGCUCAUCUGAACAUUUCACACAAUGAACCUUCUUCACACUUAUUAUUAAGUGAUCUUUGUAUCUCUUUUCCUUUUCUUUAUUUGCAUAUUCACUUAUCUAUUGAAAGAAACAGUUUCGUAAAUUAAAGAAAGUUAUAGGUCUGUGGUUUUGGGGAUUCAAGACAAGUUAGGUAUGUUUGAUUUGAUUUUUGUAAUGAUCUGCCAAUGUUGGAGUACUAUUAUAAACAUGAUUUUUCAAU